CAACUCACCUCCCUCCCUCCUCUCUCUCUCUCUUUCUCUCUCUCUCUCUCUCUGUGGCCCAUUUGAAUGAUCCUCAUCCAUAAUAAGACCCCGCUUCUCCUCUCCUCCUCCACCACCACCACCACCACCACCACCACCAUCUUUGCAGAUAAAGUCAGUGCCUUUUGAUUUUUUCCCAACAGCAGAAGAUUGGCGGUGCAGUUGCGCUGACACGCAUCCACCGUGGUUGCACGCAGUGAGGGAGACAGCGCGAGAGAGCCGACGCAUCUUUAUCUUGUGGAUUUCUUUGCGCAUACAGCCAGUGUACAUGGUUUUCCCUGCUUUUCCUCUGUCACAUUCACACCAGGAGUUGAUUUCAGUUGCCGGAGAAAAAUGUGGCAUCGCACAAGAGCGGCGGUCCUUAUUUUGCUGUAUUUUUUUCUGGGGCAAUCGCUCGCAGGGUUUCCAAAUCAAAUCAAUAUUGGUGGACUGUUCAUGCGCUCUACAGUGCAGGAGCACAGCGCCUUCAGGUUUGCUGUCCAACUGUAUAACACCAACCAGAAUGUGACGGAGAAACCCUUCCACCUCAAUUACAAUGUAGACAACCUCGAGUCCUCCAACAGCUUCUCUGUCACGCACGCCUUUUGCUCCCAGUUCUCCCGAGGAGUUUAUGCCAUCUUCGGCUUCUACGACAAGAAGUCCAUGAACACGCUGACCUCUUUCUGUGGGGCACUGCACACCUCCUUCAUCACGCCCAGCUUCCCCACUGACGCCGAUGUGCAGUUUGUCAUCCAGAUGAGGCCCAGCUUGCGAGGAGCUGUUCUCAGUCUCCUGGAACACUACAACUGGGAGAGGUUUGUCUACCUUUACGACACAGAGAGAGGUUUUGCAAUCCUCCAGGCCAUCAUGGAGUCGGCAGUAGCCAAUAACUGGCAGGUGACGGCGCGCUCGGUGGGGAGCAUUGUGGACCCCACGGAGUACAGACGCAUCAUCGAGGAGAUGGAUCGCCGGCAGGAGAAACGCUUCCUCAUCGACUGUGAGGUGGACAGGAUCAACUCCAUACUGGAGCAGGUGGUGAUCCUGGGAAAAAACAGCAGAGGAUACCACUAUAUGCUUGCCAACCUGGGUUUUUCUAACAUGAGCCUGGACAAGGUUUUCUCUGGUGGAGCCAACAUCACAGGCUUCCAGAUCAUCAACCCAGACAACCCAGUUGUCCAGCAGUUCGUCCAGCGCUGGGAACGCCUGGAUGAAAGAGAAUUUCCCGAAGCCAGAAACACUCCGCUGAAGUAUACAUCAGCGCUGACCCACGAUGGCAUCCUGGUGAUUGCGGAAGCCUUCCGAUACCUUCGGCGGCAGCGAGUGGACGUUUCUCGCAGGGGGAGUGCUGGUGACUGCCUGGCGAACCCCGCUGUGCCCUGGAGCCAAGGCAUCGACAUAGAGAGGGCUCUCAAAAUGGUCCAAGUACAAGGUAUGACAGGCAACAUCCAGUUUGACACAUUUGGUCGGAGAUCCAACUACACAAUUGAUGUGUACGAGAUGAAGUCAGGGGGUCCCAGGAGGAUCGGCUACUGGAACGAAUACGAAAAAUUUGUAUAUAUAAUGGAUCAGCAGGUCACCAACGAGUCCUCUUCUGUGGAAAACCGAACAAUUGUGGUCACUACUAUUAUGGAAGCUCCGUAUGUGAUGUACAAGAGAAACUAUAUGCAGCUGGAAGGGAAUGACAGAUAUGAAGGCUACUGUGUCGAUUUAGCUUCUGAAAUUGCAAAGCAUGUGGGGAUAAAGUAUAAGCUGUCGAUAGUUUCGGAUGGCAAGUACGGAGCCAGAGAUCCAGAGACCAAGACGUGGAACGGGAUGGUGGGUGAAUUGGUGUAUGGGAGAGCUGAUAUAGCUGUGGCUCCGCUAACUAUAACAUUGGUACGGGAAGAGGUGAUAGACUUCUCUAAGCCCUUUAUGAGCCUGGGCAUCUCCAUUAUGAUAAAGAAGCCUCAAAAGUCCAAGCCUGGGGUGUUUUCCUUCCUGGACCCACUGGCCUAUGAGAUUUGGAUGUGUAUAGUGUUUGCCUAUAUCGGCGUGAGUGUGGUGCUCUUCCUGGUCAGCCGUUUCAGCCCCUAUGAGUGGCAUCUGGACGAGAACGAUGAGGCCAAAGACCCCCAGAGCCCCCCUGACCCUCCCAACGACUUUGGGAUUUUUAAUAGCCUGUGGUUCUCGCUGGGCGCCUUCAUGCAGCAAGGAUGCGAUAUCUCACCAAGGUCUCUGUCUGGGCGAAUUGUUGGAGGAGUGUGGUGGUUCUUCACCCUCAUCAUCAUCUCCUCCUACACGGCCAACCUGGCUGCCUUCCUCACCGUGGAGAGGAUGGUCUCUCCUAUAGAAAGUGCGGAGGACCUGGCCAAGCAGACAGAGAUUGCCUACGGGACUCUAGACUCAGGCUCCACCAAGGAGUUCUUUAGGCGCUCCAAAAUAGCAGUUUAUGAGAAAAUGUGGUCAUACAUGAAAUCGGCUGAACCCUCAGUGUUUGCCAAGACAACACCAGACGGGGUUGCCCGGGUGCGCAAGUCGAAGGGCAAGUUCGCCUUUCUUCUCGAGUCCACUAUGAACGAGUACAUAGAGCAGCGGAAGCCAUGCGACACCAUGAAAGUGGGCGGCAACCUCGACUCUAAGGGCUAUGGUGUGGCUACACCUAAAGGCUCUGCAUUAAGAAAUGCUGUUAACCUGGCAGUGUUAAAACUGAAUGAGCAAGGCCUCUUGGACAAAUUGAAAAACAAAUGGUGGUACGACAAGGGAGAGUGCGGCAGCGGGGGAGGUGACUCUAAGGACAAGACAAGUGCACUAAGCCUGAGCAAUGUGGCUGGAGUCUUCUAUAUUCUGGUUGGAGGGCUUGGCCUGGCUAUGACUGUGGCUUUGAUAGAGUUCUGCUAUAAGUCACGGCAAGAAACCAAAAGACUCAAGCUGGCAAAGAAUGCCCAAAACUUUAAGCCAGCCCCUCCGUCUAACACCCAGAAUUAUGCCACGUACCGAGAAGGCUACAAUGUGUAUGGAACAGAGAGCGUUAAGAUCUAAACGAGGUGAAACGCGUCCCUUAUCCCACUGGUGCGUCUGGAUGAAAGACACAGCCGCUCUGUGUGAACUCAACACACUGAGGCUGUCGUCCUGGAGGCAGCAGCCCUUUGUCAUCAGCUUGGACACAAGCCCAAUGUCAACAAGUGCUCAUUCUGGGUUGCAAAGCCUGUCACAUUAACGGAGGGCAAUGACGCAACAGGACUCGUGCUUCUGGAAAUAUGGGACAUGCCUCUUGUAGUGCCUUAUGGAGCAUUCAGCGUCAUGGCAAUGCAAUUAAAAUUUAAUCCACUUGAAAAAUAAUAUGUAUCUGGAAUUAGGGCAAAACAUUGCUUCAAAAAGAAAAUUAGAUGAACUGUUGUAAUUUGUUUUUUGGGGGAAAGUUGUGUUUUCUAUUUGGACGAGAAAAGAAAGCCAUGAUUUGCAAUCCAAACAUCCGGGAGUACUUAUUAAGUCAUUUGAAUCCUUUACAGACAUAUUUUUGUGGUGAAAUCUUUAAGUUGGAUAAAUGUUAUAUUUAGUGAAGUAAAGUCAUUUUCUUAUUUUGCUAUAAGACUAUUUUCAGUGUCAUAAUAUUUAGGACAAGCUCAAUCAAUAGGAUAAGGAUCAAUUAAACUGACAAUAUUUUACCCCUUUUUUUUUUUUUUUUUUUUUUACUCUGAAAAUGUGGAUAAUAUGAAACUAGUGGUCAUCUCAAAUUGCUUAGGUGCUUUGUUGAUUUUCAAAGCCUGUUGGACAACAUCAUAUACGACUGUCUUUGUAUUCAACUAGAUGCUUCGGUUUAAAUCGACUACAGUGAGAUUACAUUUGUCGCAACUGCCAAAAUUUUGAACCAAGAACAUUUUUUUUUAUUGAAAUGAGGUCUGCUUUUAAUCACUUAGUGCCAUAUUGUUGAAAUGAAAUCUUCAAAAGAACAGUAAUACUUUUUUCUGUAGAGAAUAGGAGAGUGCUCCCUUUUUUAAGUACCAGUAUAUUCAAAUGGUUUCAUUAAAGCUUAUGGCCUCGGUCAACACUUUGUACACACUUAGAAGCCGUUCUCAUGUAAAUGCAAUAUCCGCAGCUGUGAAUCUCGACAUUUUGAUAAACGAUAACACACACCAUAGCUUAUCUGGUUGUUUUAAAGCUUUCUGUGUCUAUGCAUAAUGCAGAAACGUCAGCUGGUGAACUGUACAUUGAGGAAGGAGCCGAGGAUGAAAACAGCUUGUGUCUGUGUGAAUGGCAUUUUUUUUGUUAUCAACUUAAGGAAAACCUAGAAAUGCUACAAAUCAUGUACGCCUACGUUUGUUUGGUAUCCUUUUUUCCCCCCCUCCCCAAAUAAAGUGCAUGUGAAUUUGGUGGGAACUUCACCAAACCGCGACCUGAAAUGGACCCUGGUUAAGCUUAGCCCUACCAUCACACGAUUUGAUCUGGUUUGUUUUUCCUCUCUCUCUCUUUUUUGUUUUGUUUUCAAUUUAUCUGUAACUGCACCUCAACAAUGAGAGCUGCAUGUAUGGACAAUGAUGAGCCUCUUUGGAGAGGUCAUGUACAAAGGAUUUUAUUACAUUUCCUAAAUAAAAGCAGGUUUAUAUUCA